AAUUUUGAUUUUUGCGGUACAACUGUGACAGUGACAAUUUGUGUCGUGUUUGGUUUCGGUGAGAUACGUAUCUCAAGAUCGACGGUCUAAUCUCUGCAUAAAUCCACCCUAUAUAGUCUACUUCCCGCUUAUAUAAACGGGAAGUGAUACAUAUGUAUCACUGACAUUUAAGUAUCAGUCGUGUGCACACGACAAUGAUUCUGGUGUAACUGACAAAUAUGACAGUCUUCGAUCGAUAUUUGGCAAGGAAUAUAAGCAUUAACUUGUUAGUUUUACGCUUUUCUUGGACUUAGCUGAUGAUUAAGAACUUCGCCUUAGCUGCCAAUUUUGGGGAAAAUUUGGCACAUUUUGGGGAAGCCGCUAUAGUAAAUUUAGGGGAAAUGGCACAAAACCUCCCAAAUUCCCUUUUAACCUUGGUGAAGGUCAUUUGACUUCAGCAGUUUCCCUAAAAGUUCCCCAAAAUUGGAAGCUCGGGUCUGUUCUAAAUGAAAUACUUGCUCUUAUCAACAUUUGACAUGCCUGUAGGCAUGUCUCGAUUGUCACAAAGCAGCAGAUUCAAAUGGAAUAUUCGAAUGAUAGUAUGCGAAAAUUUUCGAAAACACCCGGGGAAGCCACAUAUUCCCAUUAUCAGUGACGGAUGUGAUUUUGUUCAGUGAAACAUCAAAAACAUUCACAAUGUCUGAGCUCCGCGUCGCUGAAAUAUCUGAAGAUACUGCAGAUAACCUAAAAAAGUUCAAAUUUCGAAAAUCCCAGAACACAGUUGCCCUCAUAUUGAAAAUUGAUAAAGAAGCUUUGAAAAUCGAACCAGAACAAAUACUUGAAGAUAUUACACUUAACAAUCUCAAAGAUUCUUUACCGUACCAUCAACCAAGAUAUAUUCUUUUAAGUUACCGUUAUGAAAAGGAGGAUGGUCGAGUAACAUUUCCAUACUGUCUAUUAUUUUCAACUCCAAUGGGUUCUGCUACUAACCUGAAGAUGAUGUAUACCACAAGUCUUACAAAUCUGAUGCAUAAAAGCGGAGUUACGAAGGUUUUUGAGCUCAGAGACCUGGAAGAACUUUCGGAUGAAUGGUUACAAGAAAACCUGGAUCGCACAACUUGAGUUAAUAAAUUGACCUUCAGAUCCAAUUUUGUUAAUUUUUUUACAUAAAUUGAAAUCCAUGUUAUAUUUUAUUCUCUUGUAUCGACGCGGAAUAUAGAAAUAGAUUAGAAGUAAAAGUACACGCUGUAACAGAAACCUAUUUAUUUGGUAAGAAUAUUUCAGUUACCAAGCUUCGUUAAUUACUUCGCAAAACUUUUCUGCUCGAUGCCAAAAACUCCUUAUGACUAUCCAGUGUAUGGAAUCGAUCGUUAAGUGGUUAUCAUACAUGAUGCUUACUCCUAUACUUUCCCCCAGUCAGGUUUCAUAAGUAGUAGUCCCAAAAGCUCUCCG